CGUAGCGCUCUUUUGUGCACCGAACCCCGUGUAAACAGCGAGCAGCGACCGGGGAGACCAAAGCGAACCCGGGUGGCGUUGCUCGUCUGCGGCUGCGCUGCCGGGCCGCCCGGCUGCGUCAUGUCAGAACUCGGCUGGGAGACCGCCGCCUCGCUCUUCAGAGCCGCGCUGCCUGCGCCUGCGAGCGAACGCGCCUGAAGUCUCCGCCCUCCGCCGGUGUCCCGGCCGCCGUCGGGCUCCUUCUGCUGGCGGCCAGUUCGUCGGACGAGGCGGCGAAGCGGCCCCGGGUCUGAAGCUCCGUCCAUGGCGGGAACAGCGGAACCGGCGCGGCAAAGCGCGGACUGCGUGGAUGACGCCGAGUUGGCCCUGAGAGGGAUCAACAUGCUCCUCAACAACGGAUUCCGGGAGAGCGACGAGCUCUUCAGGUCCUACAGAACCCAAAGUCCUCUGAUGAGUUUUGGAGCCAGUUUUGUCAGUUUUCUCAACGCCAUGAUGACGUUUGAAGAAGAGAAAAUGCAAGUGGCCUUUGAGGAUCUCAAGGCCACGGAGAAAAUUUGUGAAAGGGACAACGCUGGAGUCAUCGAAACCAUCAAAAACAAGAUCAAGAAGAGUACGGACUCUCAGAGGUCAGGGGUGGCUAUAGUGGACAGCCUGCAGAGACAGAUCAUCAUCGCAGAUUGCCAGGUUUACCUUGCAGUGCUGUCAUUUAUCAAACAAGAACUGUCAGCAUAUAUCAAAGGAGGCUGGAUCCUCCGUAAAGCCUGGAAGAUGUACAACAAGUGCUACAGCGAUAUCACUCGGCUGCAGGAGGGCAGCAAAAGGAGGCCGUCUGACCAACAGAGGUCACCGUCGCCGUCCCUUUCCUCCACCUCUGACCAGACCAGCGACAGCCACGCCGCUCUGCCGGGGCCACCCCCCUCCCAGCGGUCGGAGGGGAUCAGCCCCGAGGCUCUGGACAGGCUCAGGGGUUCGGUCAGCUUUGGCUACGGCCUCUUCCACCUCUGUAUUUCCAUGGUGCCUCCGCACCUGCUGAAGAUAGUCAACCUGCUGGGUUUCCCCGGUGACCGUCUCCAGGGCCUGUCAGCCCUCACGUAUGCCAGUGAAAGUAAGGACAUGAAGGCCCCCUUAGCUACGUUGGCUCUCUUGUGGUACCACACGGUAGUGCAGCCCUUUUUUGCUCUUGACGGCACAGACACAAAGGCAGGUCUACUGGAGGCCAAAGCCAUACUUCAACAGAGAGAGGCCGUCUACCCCAACUCCUCCCUCUUCAGGUUUUUUAAAGGCAGAGUGCAGCGCUUAGAGUGCCAGAUCAGCAGUGCCUUGACGUCCUUCAGCGACGCUUUAGAGCUGGCCUCGGAGCAGAGGGAGAUUCAGCACGUGUGUUUAUAUGAAAUAGGUUGGUGCAGUAUGAUUGAGCUGAGCUUCAGAGAUGCCUACAGGGCUUUUGAGCGACUGAAGACCGAGUCCCGCUGGUCCCAGUGCUACUACGCCUAUUUAACUGGAGUGUGCCAGGGAGCCACAGGUGAUCUUGAGGGAGCAGCGGCUGUCUUCAAGGAUGUUCAGAAGCUUUUCAAACGCAAGAAUAAUCAGAUAGAGCUGUUCUCUAUGAAGAGGGCUGAGAAGUUGAGGAAACUUAAACCAUCUCAGGAGCUGUGUAUACUGGCUGUGAUAGAGGUCCUGUACCUUUGGAAAGCUCUGCCCAACUGCUCCAUCGCCAAGCUGCAGACCAUGAGACAAACUCUGCAAGGAAUUGAGGAUGCUUCAUGUGCUGGACUGAAAAACCUGCUCCUUGGUACAAUAAACAAGUGUCUGAAUAACACCAAAGAUGCUGUUCAGCAUUUCCAUUUGGCUGCAAGAGAUGAGAUUGGUCUCCUAAGCAACUCUUAUGUGCAGCCCUACUCCUGCUAUGAACUCGGAUGUCUGUUAUUAGACUGCCCAGAGACUACAGAGAGAGGUAGAACACUGAUGCUCCAGGCCAAGGAGGAAUAUGCUGGCUAUGACUUUGAGAACAGGCUCCAUGUCCGUAUCCAUUCUGCUCUGGCCUCCACAGGCGCUGCAGCUCCACCUUGACAUUAAAGCUAAAUAAAGGCUUUACCGUUUUCAUUAGCGGACACGUUGGAAUAAACAGGACACAAAUCUCAGUGGAAAAGAACACGGCUUCAACAGCAUUCUGGGUAUUCUGAUGAUGCAGUUGUUGGUUUUUUUUACUGGUUUCAGUUCAUAGCUUAUUUCAAAAUGUGCAUACACUGUCGGGGGUUACGGAGGAAAUGUUACAGUUGUUAGUUUAGA